AUGAGUUACGGCGUGGAGACAAAAGAUUAUAGUCAUGACUCAUCAUCCUCGUGUUCAUCCCAAUACGACGACGUCUUGGAAGCUUUACCCGAAAUCAAAAACAGUUAUUUCCCCUUGCCGCGAUUGAAUUCUUUCAGGAAUCUUCAGCAACUGGGCUCGGGGGACUUUGAAUGGGCCACGCUAGCUGGGAUUGGGCCCGAGCAGGAUGGGCCUCAGCAACAGCAGGGGAGUUUAAUAAAGAACAUGGGCUCGCAAAAUGGUGUAUGUGCCGCUGUAGGUGGGCCCGAAAAUCAGAACCCGGCGGCGUUUGUGCAGAAUUAUUAUUAUUCUACAUCUGCUGACCCGUUUGGGGCCCGAUACCCGGCCCAACCUGGUGGUGCGAUGGGACUCUGGCAGUGA